AUGCCCCAAGCAGACAACAGCGUGCUGUUGGAGUACGUGUACCACAUCACAUUGGCUGCGCCGUACGACCGCAUUAACGCGGUCUGGAACGUCUUUAAACAUGGGCCGCCACUGCCCGACGGCGCCACCCAGGCAUUUCGUCGAACCCGGGCCAACCUAGUGAGUGGCAACCCUCACGAAGACACUGCGCACGCCAACAUUGUGUGGAAGUACAUCCAGGAGCCUCCCCAUCGCCAGGUCGUUGUGUGGCGCGCAGUGGUGGACGAUGCGCUCGUGACACAUAUGGCCAACGGCGCCGUACAUGACGAAUGGGGCUGGGCGGUUGUGGCGCCGCUGGACGAUGCCUCCACGUGUCGACUGACGCUGCUGCUUCAGGUUGUGGCAGACCCGGUACAGGCCGAGAGCCGAGGCAGCCCCGACGCGCUCGUGGACGAAACGAUGUCUCAGGUGGAGACGUUUUCGUUCGUUCGCCCCCCAACGGCACCGGGGACGUUUCCGGGGCCCCGUUCGUGGAAAAAGAGAUAG